AUGGGCAUCAAGUUCGACGUCUUCGACGCCCGCGACCUGCUCGCCUAUCCCGGCGGCGACAACGACACCGACACCGUCCUCGGCGGCGUCCACUUCAACCUCACCACCCUCAAGCACUGGAACUACACCCUCUACGAGAACCGCACCCUCUCCAACGAGUCAAACUGCUGGCUCGUCUUCGAACCCUACGAGCCCAAGCUGCUGCGCCAGAACGGCAGCUUUGUCAACGCCACCUCGUGCUACAGCGCCAUCGAGAACAUCGGCACCCGCGGCUACACAGGCAUUGCCUUCGCCGUCGCCUAUGGAUUCGGCCUCGUCUUGACCAUCACCGUCCUCGCCAAGCACGGCGCCCUCUACCUGCCCAAGGAGCGCCGCUUCUACCCCAUCGGCCGCCGCUGGCAGUGGUACUGGGCCCUCUUCACCUGCGCCUGCGCCCUCGUCAGCCUCUUCACCAAUAUCGACGUCGACCGCUACUACCUGCCCGACCUGCCCAUCAUCGUCAAUGUCUUCUUCUGGUUCCUCCUCUGCCAAGGCACCUUGUGCUUGACCUGGGAAGCAGUGAGGCAUUGGGGUAGCUGGCUUGAACGGCAAUAUGUCGAUCCGAAUCCGUUUGUGUACCGCGACGGCGACCGUAGAUGGCAGAUUGAGUUUUUCAUCCCGCUGUGGUUUUACUUUUGGGUCUGGAUGAACUUCUUCCUUGUCGUCCCCCGCAGCUGGAACUUUGCCAAGUACCAGCGAUCCGUAGCCCAGACGGCAGAGUAUGCCAUACCCUCAGCCACCGGCGCGCGCUUCAAGGCUGGCGCCUUCUGCCUCGUCAUCGCCUGGCUCACCAUCCUGUUCUCGCUCCGCCACUCCAUCAAGCACUACAAGCCGCGCAACCGCGGCCUUGUUAACCGCACCCGCGGCCUGCUGCAGGCCGUGCCGCUGCGCUUCUGGCUCAUCAUCCCGCUCACGGCCGCCCUCGUCGCCUACCAGAUCUUCAUCUCCUUUGAGUGGAAGUACUCGCUCAUCCGUAUCGGCGGUGUCGUGCCGGUGCAGUUCGCAUGGGGCUACGGACCCUCGGUUCUCAUCGUUUACAUCCAGGUGCUGUUCGGUUACAUCAACCCCAACGAGGACAAGGAGCUCAUCCGCCAACGCCGCGAGCGCGGCGAGAUGAUCAACCGCGAGCUCGGCAUCGUCAAGCGCCCCGCCUGGUGGCGGCGCGUCCGCGGCGACCAUCUCCACUCACUGCGCGACAAGAUUAUGCGCAACGUCAACGAGGUUGGCGGCGAGCGCGGCUCCGGCCGCAGAGCAGAAGACGACAUGGAGCGGUACGCACGCCUGGAAGCCCAAGGCGCCGCCGUCAACGACGACGGCGGAAUCGAGCUCGACAGAAUGGACGACGACCUCGCCAACAACCCGCGCAUCGACCGCGCCGGAGCGAGGACCAUCUCCACGACGUCCACACCUACCGUGUCGACCCCGUACACGGGCAAGAACGAGCGCCGCCACGCAGAGCGCAUCAUGCAGACCGCCGCAGGCGUGCUGUUCCCGAACGACGCAGAGCGCCAGCGCCAACAGCGCGCCGCAUACCUCAUGGAGGACGGCCCGCCGCCGCCGCCGUACACGGACGGCGAGAGAGACAGACGGGAGUCAGACGCCGGUCACCCCGUUGCCGCGCAGAGGACAAACAGCACGUCGACGACGCACUCCAUCGAGGGGCAACCCCAGCAAGUGCGCAGCAUGCUGGAUAUAUAG